AGAGGAAAACAGAGAGGAAAAGCCUGAUGCUUGUUCGUUUUUAAUUCCCUUCUCCGUUUCCUCUCUCUGUGACUGACUUCCGGGCUCUUUCUCCUUGAUCUACUACUCUCUGCUGUACCGAUCUCUCUCUCUCAUUAACGAUCUUACAUAACCAGACAAGAGUGAAUUCAAAUAACGGAAAAUCCAGCAUGAAUUCACGAAGAGGAUCGACCUCAACCUUCGAUUUCGAUCUCAGUAUUGGGUCCGGUAGACCCAAAUCCCUUAACGAUCAGAGGAACCAAACCUCGUCGUAUUCAUAUUCAUCAACGGCGGCGACGGCGACGGCGACGGCGACCGCGCAAUCCAAACCCUCCUGGCAACCCAACAAGCCUUCCUGGACCCACCAGCCCGCGCCUAGUCAGGCUGCUCGACCAGGUGGAUUGAACGGGCCUACUUCGAUGGUGGGUGAUAUCACGGGCAAGAGCUGGAAUUCGAUGGGCUUGGGUUCUGGCAUUGGGAUUCCAGAGAAGAACCAGAGCUUGUUUGGUGAUCUAGUUAACUCUUCUAUUGGGAAGGGUAAGGGCAGUAGCAAUGUUCCAUUAAAGAAUGCUACACUGGCUCCAUCCACGCAAUCUUCCAAUAAGAGUUCAUUUUCCAUGAGAAAUUUGGGCGCAUCGUUGCCAAAAACUGGCCAUUCUGUUGAUUGUAGUAGUUUGGGAGCCAAUAACAGUUUUGGGGGUUAUAAUGGUGGAUACAAUAAUAGUAGUACCGUAAAUAUCAACAGCAAUAAGACUGCCAAUCUUGGUGGUCCUUCAAUGCCCAAUAUGGGUGGAUCUGGAGGUGGGAUGAACAGUAAUAAGGACCCAUUUGGUUCUUUGGUUGAUUUUGGAUCUAAACAAGCAGCUGGUGGUCUUAAUUCGACGAGUAAAGCCAGCAAGGUGAAUGCUGGUGGUGAUUCAUUAGGGGAUUUUCAGAAUGCUUCAAAAAUGAGCACCACAACAUUUUCAAAUAAUGGUUUUACUGCAACUAGUCAUGAUUUCUUGGGAUCGAAUGCGAGUUCUGUAUCGAAGGGUGAUUUUGGCAUGCCCAACAAGGAUUCUGCAUCUCAGACUCAUUUUCAGCCUCCUAUGCAAUCGUCUAGUGAUGAUCCACUCAACAUGUUCUUUUCAUCAUCCUCAACUUCUGCUGGAGGUGAUGCAGCUGCUUCUGAAGGAGUGGGAGGACAGCGGUUCUCUGAAGUUGAUGAGUGGGGAUUGGAUUCAGAGUUUGGAGGAUCAGGAAGUAAUGAAGCAGGUGGUAACACUACAGAGCUUGAAGGGCUUCCUCCUCCUCCUGCUGGGGUAACAGCUUCAUCUGCGAAGAUCAAAGGUAUUGAUAAUCAAAAGCAGGGGCAAUAUGCUGAUGCCAUCAAGUGGCUCUCUUGGGCUGUAAUUCUUUGCGACAAAACUGGUGAUGGGGCUGGAGCCAUGGAGGUUUUAUCAUUCAGGGCUUCAUGUUAUAAGGAAGUUGGAGAGUAUAAGAAGGCCGUGGCUGACUGUUCAAAGGUGCUUGAACAAGACGAUGCCAAUGUAUCCAUCCUCGUACAGCGUGCUCUCCUUUAUGAAAGUAUGGAAAAGUAUAAACUUGGGGCAGAAGACCUGAGAACAGUUUUGAAGAUUGACCCUAGUAACAGGAUAGCAAGAAGCACCGUGCACCGGUUGGCUAAAAUGGCAGACUAGAGAGGUAUUGCAAUUCUGUACUCGUAUUAGCUUCUUCAAAUACGUGGAUAAACUUACUCCUCCCUUAAUCAAAACAUGUUGUGGGGGGUCAAAAGUAACAAUUUUCUUGAUUUUUUGGUUUGCAUUGAUAAGUUUCUGCCUGAGGAGGGCUCUCUUGUAUCUGAUGUUAAAUUUCUGUCUUUGUUGAUUGUGAAUGGGAACGAUUUCAUUUCUUGUUUUCAACAGAAAAUACAGACCAGCUUGUCUAUAA